AUGUUAAAUUAUCAAGUCGUAAAAUUAUUUUUAAACAGAACAAAUCCAGUCACCGUUGCCGGAAUCAAAGGUGUACGUGGAAUGAGCCUAAAUACAUCAACACUUGUCACUGUCACCAAUAUAUUUGUUGACAAUAAUGAGAACUUGUAUGUGUCUGACACUGGCAAUAACAUAGUGAUCCGUUAUCCACCGAACUCAUCGAGCGGUAUGCCUGGUUUGAUAGUCGCUGGAAAUGGCACCGCUAGAAGUGAUGGUUUACAGUAUAUGCCAUCCGGAAUAUUCGUCGAUGAAGAGGGAACACUGUACGUGGCAGAUGCUCCAAAUCAUCGAAUCCAAAUAUGGUAUAAUGGAGCUUCCUCUGGUGUUACGGUGGCAGGCACUGGAAUAUCGGGUAGUAGUUUAUCUCAAUUAUUCUUGCCGAUGGGAGUUGUCGUUGACUCGAAUGGAUAUAUGUAUAUAAUGGAUUCUGGAAACAGGCGAAUUCUACGAUGGCCACCGAAUUCAAACUCGGGCGAAUGUAUUGUGGCUUGUACUGGUUUUGCUGUAAAUACAGUUGAUACGUUUAAUUUCGCUCUGGCGAUCGCAUUCGAUAGUUAUGGAUCUAUCUUUAUUAGCGACACAGGAAGUAAUCGAGUACAGAAAUUUCAGAUCCUUGAUAGUUUUGGUCCAACUUCAACGACAACGUCGACUUCGACAACAACAUCAAUAGUACUAACAACAACCACAACAACAACAGCAAUAACGACAACAACAACAACAACAAUAACGACAAUAACAACAACAACAGCAAUAACGACAAUACCAACAAUAACAACAACAUCAUCGUCAUUGCAAAUCCCUUCGGUGGCACGUAUACCACGGCCAACAGCAGUUACAAUAUCAAUCACUGUAUUGGUAAUGUUUUUUUUUUAUCCAAAAAUAUUUCAUGGCACUUUCAAUCAUUCUUCUGAUAAUUUUCUAGCUUUCAUUUUACUAUCAUGA